AUGUCCGGCCGAACAUUAACUGCCACUCCAACCCUGGAGGAAUCGCAUAGCGGUAUCCCCAGUAGGUUGGUGGAUCAAGCAAAAAGAGCCAAAGGGCUACUCUUUUCACGGCGGACCAAGAGCGAGACCACGUACGCCCGCGGCCGAGGAGUACAAUUGCCACCGUACACCACGCAAGAGAAGUUCGAUGAAGCUAUCUCCAAAUUGAAGUCUGUUGUUGGCGACCAAUGGGUGUAUGUCAACGAUGGAGCUCUGGUCGACGGAUGGUACAUGGAACAUCCGAACACCCACGACAGCAAUCAUGUCGCCAACCAAGACGCACUCGUUGCCAGUGCGGUAGUAUACCCUUCGACCACCGAAGAGGUUCAAGCAAUUGUGCAAUGGGCCAAUCAAUUCCUGAUACCCGUUCAUCCAAUUUCUAUGGGCCGAAACCUGGGCUAUGGAGGUGCUGCGCCGCGGGUCUCUGGGUCCGUUGUCAUUGAUCUUGGAAAGCGCAUGAACAAAGUCCUCCAGAUUGACGGGCAAAAUUGCUCGUGUCUGUUGGAGCCUGGUGUUUCAUACUUUGCACUUUAUGAAGCCGUUAAAAAGAGCGGCCACAACCUUUGGAUCGACUGCCCAGAUCUAGGUGGUGGCAGUGUCAUGGGCAAUGCGCUUGAUCGAGGUGUUGGUUAUACCCCAUAUGGCGAUCAUUUCGGCAUGCAUUGUGGUAUGGAAGUCGUUCUUCCCGACGGCACCCUCCUUCGGACUGGUAUGGGCGCAUUACCGGGAGAGGAUGACACCGAUAAUUUGACCUGGCAAUCCUUUCAAAACGCCUAUGGUCCCGCCAUCGACGGCAUUUUCAGUCAAUCGAACUAUGGCAUCGUAACCAAGAUGGGUUUCUGGCUUAUGCCCGCCACCGGAAACCAAUCGUACUUGAUUACCUUCCCUCGCGAGGAUGACUUUGAGCAGAUCGUUGACCUGAUUGGACCCUUGGCUGCAAGCCGCGUCUUUGGGAAUGUCCCACAGCUCAGACAUGUCGUCCAGGAACUGGCGGUAACCGGAAAGCCACGAAGUCACUUCUGGCCUGAAGGAAGCAACAAAGGUGGACGGAUGCCACGAUCGGUCAUUGCUCGUGAGGCAGCCAAACUUCCUUGUGGUGACGUGAGCUGGAUCUUCUAUGGUUGCCAAUAUGGCGAUGCAGCGACUAUUCAAUCGCAGCUUGACCUCAUCAAGUCGACGUUUGCCAAAGUCGAGGGCUCCAAGUUCUACCUUCCUUCCGAUCUGCCAGCUGACCAUUACAUCCAUGAACGAGCCAAGGUCAACAAAGGAGAACCUGUACUAAAAGAACUUGACUGGCUCAACUGGCUCCCCAAUGGUGGACAUAUCGCUUGCAGUCCUAUCCUUCCGACCACGGGCAAACAUGCUCGGACAAUGAUGAUCAUCGCCGAACGGCUCUAUGCCAAAUGGGGGUUUGACUCUUUCAGCACGAUAUGCGUCGCUGGUCGGGAAAUGCACUUCAUUGCUGAAAUCGUCUUCGACCGAGAAGACGCCGACAGCAAACGGCGUGCUGCCUGUUUGAUGAGAGAACUAAUCGACGAAGGAGCGAGGAAGGGAUAUGGGGAAUACCGAACGCAUUUACUGUACAUGGAUCAGGUGGCGGGGACCUACAAAUGGGGCAACGGCGCACUUGGACGGUUCAACGAGACUAUCAAAGACGCGUUGGACCCCAAUGGCAUCUUGAGUCCUGGCAGGAAUGGCAUCUGGGGAAAGAGAUGGAGAGAGCAGGGAUGGAAGAGUGGACAGAUUGGGAUGCCGAGGGAGGUCAAGUUAUGAGGUUCAGUGAUAGGAUACCUGAGAUACACGGGACACCUAGAGAGAUGUGGGAGAUGUAAGAAAAUGAAUAG